AUGCCCUACGCUUUACGGGGUCGGAAUGUCCUGGUCACGGGGGGCUCACGAGGCCUCGGUGCGGUAAUCGCUCAGAAAUUCGCCGCUGAAGGAAGCAAUGUUGCCAUCAACUAUGCAUCAAGCAAAGAGACAGCUGAUAAAGUCGCGUCAGAUCUUGCGGCUCAGUAUAACGUGAAGACGAUUGUUGUUCAGGGCGAUGCGGGGAGCCAGAGCGAUUGUAUCAAUGUCGUGAAAACAACCAUUGAGCAGCUGGGAGGUAUCGACGUUGUCAUCUCAAAUGCUGGGUGGACGAAGAUGACCAAAUUCAGCGACCUGGAUGCAAUGGAUGACGCAGAUUGGGAUAAGUGCUGGUCAAUCAAUGUCAAGAGCAGCUUCCACCUUUUCAAGGCUGCUUUGCCCACUUUCAACGCCAAUCCCGAUGGUGGUGUCUUUAUCCUCACCUCUUCAACCGCAGGUGUUGUCCCCAGUGGCAGCAGUCUACCUUACGCAGUGACCAAAUCAGCAUCAAUUCAUCUCAUGAAGUGCCUUGCGCAUUCCCAGGGCCCCAAAAUUCGCGUAAAUGCCGUAUUGCCUGGCCUUCUACUUACUGAAUGGGGCCAACGCUUCUCUCCGGAGCAGAUCAAGGGCUGGGAGAACAGAACCGCGCUCGGACAUACGCCCGAGGUGGAGGAUACUGCAGAGGCCUAUCUUUCCAUUGCGAAGAACUCUUCUAUGACUGGCCAAGCUGUCCAAAUCGAUUCCGGAUUCCGUUAA